UCUCAGUGCUCAGAGACUACAUCAAAAGUAAAGAUGGCAGCUGCUAGACGCAGACAUCUCAACUCGGAACUGGACUCGAACUUCGGCACACCUGAGCAAGAAGAAGAGGAUGACGAGGAACGUUACUACACCAACGAGAACCACGGAUCCUCCCUGACCAAGGGACUGAUGCAGCUCUACAAAAACGGGCAACUUUGCGACGUGACGCUGGACGUACAGGGACAGAGAUUCCCCUGCCAUCGUAACGUCCUGGCCGCUUCCGUGCCGUACUUCUAUGCAAUGUUCACGUCUGGGUUAAGAGAGACAAACCAGGGGGACGUACCUCUCCAUGGAGUGACUGCACCAGCUAUAGCACACAUCCUGGAGUAUGUGUACUCAGGGAAGGUGUGUUUAUCUACUGCUAAUACAUUAGACAUUCUGAGCGCAGCAAAUCUGUUCCAAAUGCCGGAACUUUGCCAUGCCUGUUGCCUGUAUAUUUCACAGCAUCUCACCACGGAGUCGUGUCUGGACGUGUUCAUACUGGCGAAGCUGUACGAAUAUACUGAUCUUCGAGACAGUGCCUUGAUAUUUAUCGGGGAGUAUUUCUUAGAUAUUUCCAGCUCUGAUAGUUUCUUGUCUCUCCCCACUAAAGCCGUUGUGGACAUACUCAGCUCUAAUGGUCUGUGGGUCUUACAAGAGGAGCAGGUACUCGAGGCUGCCUUAAGGUGGCUUAAACACCUUAAGGAAAGAGAAGACGUCGCAUUUGAAGUCCUUAAGAACAUUAGAUAUCCUCUUUUGCAGCCAGAGUUUCUUGCUAACCUGGUGCAGAGUGAGGAAAUAUUCUAUAGUUCAACAGAACUAGAACGGAUAGUCAAGACUAUACUUCGUAGCCGUGAAAACCACGCCGAUGCUAUUCCAAUGGUCUGUUACCAUGGCGACGAUGACGUCAUGCCGAACGCUACCCCCCGCGAAGGCAUGCAGGACAGGGAGAUGAUAGUGUUCGUGGGUUCCGACCACGUUCCGCAUAACUGUUUCGAGCCCGAAGACCGCCGUGCGUACGCCAUUUCCCCGCCCCCGGCCGCUGAGACAUCGCACCCGGCCUGCGUGUCAACCUCAGACGGGGUGAUAUUCUGGGGAGGCGGCGUGUCUGGCUAUACUGACGUCCGCAGUGAAAUGUUCAGGUACAACCCCGACACAAACCGUUGGGACAGCUGCGCUCACAUGCAAACUCCCAGACAGUGUUUCUCUCUGUCAGAGGUUGGCGGGAAACUCUAUGCCUCAGGUGGGUUGGGGCCGUACAGUCCGGAACUCCGCGCCUGUAAGGUGUUAAACACCGUGGAAUGUUACGACAUCGCGCGCGAUUCGUGGACGUUCGUCGCCUCGAUGCCUAAGACCGUCUCGGACCACAGUUCGGUGUCUCUCGCCGGAGUUGUGUGUGUUCUAGGCGGUGAGAUACCCGGCGCGGGAAGCACGAACGCCGUGAUGGCCUACAGUCCCGACAACGACGCCUGGCGAGAGUGGCCGCCCAUGUACGAGCGGCGCCAGCUUCCUUGUUCAACCGUAAUAAACAACCGCAUCUACGUAGCGGGAGGAUACCUUCAUCUUUACAAGGGCCUCUCUUCUAUCGAAGUUUUCAACCCUGACGUUCAGCAAUGGCAUAUCAUCCGAGGGGAAGAAAAUCCCAUCGCUCAACACAUCGACGGCAUUCUGACCGUCAACGAUCACAUCUACCUGUGUGCAGACCGUAGAGUCACGGGCCGUAGAGAGUUCACCAACAUCUACCUGUACAGCUACAACGUUUUCGACAAGGUGCUGGUGGUUGAAAAAGGAGAGUUGGAGAGAGACAUACAGAGGAGCUCAUCGAUAGCAGUCAACGCAAUGUUGAACCCUCUAAAGCUGAAACUGUUUGCGCGAAACCAAACUCAACUCUAACAACACAUGAAAACAAGCACCUGUUACCGAGAUGACUUAAGCUAGAAUGUGGUAUGGAUUUGCAUCAAAUGCUACCAGUGUACGUUCAUUCAAAAUCAGUAGCCAUGAACAUUGUGACCUAAGCACCUGACAAUGUAAACAGUAGAGAAGAUUUUUCGGAUAACAAGACAGAGUCUAUAAACUGUAUUUAUACAUUUAUUGGUGGAUAUUCCUACAUUUUGUCGUAGAGUAAUACAGAUGUUGCACACAGCUGACGCGCUACGUAGAAGACGUUAGUAUAGAGUUAGAUUUCGUCCUUGUCCAAUUCAGUAUAGUAAAGUAGGCUUCAGCAUACUAGCAAUAACAGCAAAAUCAGAUCAAACUGCAAGCUAGAGAUGAAAGGUAUAUGAUCUGUUGGUAAGACGGCUCUGUUCUGUUUGAAUCUAAGCAUUGGUGACGUGUUAAGAAUGUCGGCUCAACUGUGUAUUGUGUUAUUCUACUUUAACGAGUCUGCCAUGAGCACGACGCACAACAUACUUUCCAGGUCACCUAUAUGGCAUUAUAUGAAUGAUUAUUUACAUUCUAGUUUCUGUAAGAAUACAACAGUACAAGAUAUCUUUCAAAGUUAAUCAUAUUGUUCAAAUAUAUAUGGUACGGAUACAUGUACACAGAAAUAUGUAGAUUUUUGCUAUGCUCGUAUAAUGGUCAAUUUAGAAUUAAAUCUUUAGUUUGUGAAUUGGUUUAUUGAAUUCUUGGAUUUUUCGUCCAUCAUAAGUACUGUGGUGGAAUUAGCAUGAAAGUUAAUCUGAGUUGGUGAAAAUUGUGAAAAUUAUUAUCACACUUUCGACAAGUAAUGUAACGUUAUGUAUUGCCAGUCUUCAAACUGAAAGAUAUGAAAACGUCUAUCAGAAACCAACACGUGUGUAUUGGAACACCCUUAUCAUGUAUGUGCAUGCAACUGACAUCAUACGCCUGCUGCCAACCACGCAAUCGUGACGCCCCAAAAUAAGAAUGUACGACAAAAUGUUCGACUGACAUAUGUAUAA